GAUCAAUGAAGGAGUGACACUCCAAGGAGCCAAGGGAAAAAACAACCCUUCCCAUUCUCCAAAGGAUCAUAAAACCAAAACCCUUUCAGCAAUCAGCAUAUUAUAUUAGACCCAUAAUUAAAGUUCUGUGCUUUUCAAAUCACCUUCUCCAAUCACUUUUUGAACUAAGAUUACUGUAGUUUCUUUGUUCUCGAUCUCAUCAUGAUGGCUCAUUUGGCCUUGUCUCAGAUGGCUGUAACUGUUCCUGUUGGCAGUGAUUUGUCUCUUAGAAGAUCUGCGUUUAAGGCGUCUAGCAUAAACUUUCGGGAUAAAUCAUGGUCACCAUUGUUAACUUUGGACUUGAAAGCAAACAACUCCUGUUUGAGAAAUCGUCAUGUGAUAUGCAUGUCCGUGCAACAAGCAAGUGUUCCCAAAGUUAAUGUCUCCCCUUUAGAGUUGGAAGAGGCUACAGAACCUCCAUUGAACUUACACAAGCCUAAAGAGCCCUAUACAGCAACAAUUGUUUCUGUUGAGAGGUUGGUAGGCCCAAAGGCUCCUGGGGAAACUUGUCAUAUUGUGAUUGAUCAUGGUGGAAAUGUUCCCUACUGGGAAGGACAGAGUUAUGGUGUUAUUCCACCAGGUGAAAAUCCAAAGAAACCUGGGAGUCCCCAUAAUGUUCGACUAUAUUCAAUUGCUUCCUCAAGGUAUGGAGACUAUUUUGAUGGAAAAACGGCCAGUUUGUGUGUGCGUCGUGCAGUUUAUUAUGACCCUGAGACAGGAAAAGAAGAUCCUUCCAAGAGUGGCGUUUGUAGCAAUUUUUUGUGUAACUCAAAGCCUGGAGACAAAAUUCAGAUCACAGGCCCCUCUGGGAAGAUAAUGCUUUUGCCUGAGGAUGACCCAAAUGCUACCCAUAUAAUGAUUGCCACUGGUACUGGUGUUGCUCCAUAUAGAGGCUAUCUUCGUCGAAUGUUCAUGGAAUCUGUCCCUACAUUCAAGUUUAGUGGGCUAGCAUGGCUUUUCCUUGGUGUUGCUAAUACUGAUAGUCUUCUCUAUGAUGAUGAAUUCACCAAAUACCUUAAGGAUUAUCCAAACAACUUCCGCUAUGAUAGGGCCCUUAGCAGAGAGCAAAAGAACAAGAAUGGAGGCAAAAUGUAUGUUCAGGAUAAGAUUGAGGAAUACAGUGAUGAAAUCUUUAAACUCCUGGAUAAUGGUGCCCACAUUUAUUUCUGUGGCCUGAAAGGGAUGAUGCCUGGGAUCCAAGAAACAAUCAAGAGGGUUGCUGAACAGAGAGGAGAAAAUUGGGAAGAGAAGCUUUCACAACUUAAGAAGAACAAACAAUGGCAUGUUGAAGUCUACUGAUAUUCUGUAGUGCAGAGUAGUCUCCUCUGUCUUAUAAAAAUUAAUGCAUGCAUUUUCUUUCUAAUGAUUGUUUUGAUUAAUAAUCUUCAUUAUGCAGCUUGAAUAGUUGUACCUGUUCUGUAUUAGCAAAUUACAAUGAGAUAUUGUCUUCUUCAGGAAUGCAAAGUUGAAAAACCAACUCAUUGGUUGUGGUAGAUACAUGUUUGU